UUGGAUGGUUGAUGAUGCAUGCUUUUGCUUCUAAGCAAAGCUCAUGGCUGUGCUGUUUUCACUUGGAAGCUAAGCUGGAAGUCAUCUGCUGGUGGGGUACAAAUAUAAAAUAUUUUUCAUCUUGCUUUUCGGUGCUUAUUUUGUAUUUUAAUUUAAAAAAAUUAAAAUUUGUCCUUUGAAUGCAUCCAAAUACUAGUUCUGCAUUUACAUGUAAAAUAUAUAAUACACUUCAGCAAAGCAUCUUUGCUUAAAAUAUUAUAUACAAAGAAGUUUGAAAUAUAUUUAGAAAGUGAUUGUCAUGGACCUUGCAGGACAGUAGAAGUAUGUAAUGGAUAAGGCCUCACAUUGAUGAAUAAUUCACCAGUAAGCACCUAAUUUUGGCGUUUUCUUUAACAUAACACCCAUAGUUUAUAUUCUUUCUAUUUUUCAUUCUUACAACUUUAAGUCACUUUCAUACAUAUUCUCCUAAGUAGGCACCUACAUGUUGAUUUACAAUUCCACAUGUAGACUUCAGAAACGACGAAGUUUGGUGAAAAGCGACAUUGACAAUAAUACCUGACCACACUCGAUGCAUUUUGGAUUUGAGAGGUGAACCCGAUUGAGAAACAAGUUUAGAAUUUGAUAAUACCUCAGCAAAAAUGACACAAUAUUAUCGUUACAAUAUAUGUGUUUUUUUUCUAAAUUAGGUUAAAAAUUCCCCAAUUUUAUGUUAUCAUGACAUACAAGAGCCUACACCCGACAACUGUGUGAGAGUGGUGGCAAACUUUCCACUCCCAACAGGGUUUUCUUCUUAGAUCUGCCAAGAGAGAGAAUGAACAGGAAAAAUGAAGUGGUCAGCAAGCUUUUGUUUAAUUAAUUUGUUGGGUUAGGAGAACAACAGCAGCAGAAUAUUGAAUAGCCAGCUGGCUAGCUAGUGAUGGUUUUCUCAUGUGUACGUGACCAAAGCCAAAUGGCUGGCUUGUACCUGAGGGCCACUUGCCAUGUUGAUUAUCAUAUAUAGGAUGAUCCUGCAGGUUCACACACACGCAUACGUACAUGUGUGUAUAUGGUCCUAAUAUGGGGACCAAGCCUGAAUAUAUAGAAUGUGAAAUUGGGGCCGUCGUAUAUCAUGACUUGGGAGAUGAGGAAGAUGACAAGUUUAUGUCACAUAUAUGUCUGAAUGGCUUCAUCAAUUUGAAAGAAAAAAAAAAAGUGGGUCCUUAGCUCCAAGCACCAGACAACAGUGACCUUGUACCCAACUUUAGUUAACCAUGACCAUGUUUAUGAUGAUGAUCAUCAUCAUCUGAUAUUAUCCCUAGCUCCAAUAAUGAAGCUAGCUAAGCUAUGAUGUCCUAUAUGAUCAUCAAUCUUCAUGAGUGGCAGUAGUAGUAGUAGUAGUAGUAGUAGUGUACAUCAAGGCUAUCCCCCCUCUCCUUGCCUUGCAAUUAACUAGCCUGGAGGAUGAAGAAGAUCAAUUUGUUGCUAAGAAAGUGCAAGACCUUGUCGAGGCAGCUGGGCAGGUCGUCUUCCUACAGCAGCCUGAGGUCCAAGUCCCACAGAGACGAACGAUUCUUCUGGGGAGGUGGUACUGGCAGUGAGCUGCUGCAAGAAGACAACAAUAACGAUGGUCGCAGCAACAGCAAAGGCGCAACAGUUCUUGUGGGGAGCUCACGAAGGCGAUACGUGAUCAGUUCCAAGCACCUGAAUCAUCCUGUCCUGAGUGCUCUCAUAGAGAGAUCAUCAUCAUCAUCAUCUUCAUCUUCAAAGAAAAAUCCAGGUGGUGGUGACAAUAAUAUUGCAGUGGUCAAGUGUGAGGUGGUGCUCUUUGAUCACCUCUUGUGGAUGCUUGAGAAUGCAGAUCCAAACCUCUCUUCUGAUAUUGACAAUAAUUCCUUGGAGGAACUGGCUGACCUCUAUGCCCUUUAAUUCUCACAACCGCCCUUAAUUUUAAGGGUAGUAACUAAACUCAUCAUCAUGAUCAUUCAUUCUUAUUCAUGCAUAUAUAUAUAUAUAUAUUCAUGAUCUGAUGAGCUGCGGUUGGUAACAUUCAUUCAUAUUCAUCUGAAGCUGUCUGGCAAACAUUAAUUGGUUAGUGUCUUGUGGAUCCAAUAAUGUUGUUAUUUAUCAUUAUUAGUUCAUCAUUAGUGUCUCUUUUUAACUGGUUAAUUGUUUCUCAAGGAUCAUCAUUUUGGAGGUAAUGUCCAUGGAUUGAUCCUUAUGUAUGUUUGUAACUUUGGAUCCUCAUGAAUAAAUAAAAUUCCUCAUAUAUAUAUAUAUAUAUAU